CCAGCAGAGAGGAAACAAAAAACCCCUCUCCCCAUCCCACGAGCUGCUGACACCAUCCUCCUUCCAUUCUGUUCCAUACUUGGCGGCUCUGCGAACAAGACGCAAAAGAAACUCCAACCCCUCAGCUUAUUCUGCCAACCCAACAGUAUUCAUCACACCACACACACUCACACACCCACACACCGUCCAGCUUGGUGGGCGAGCGUGGUCUCACUUUGUUGUCCUAGAAACAGACUCGAGAUUCGGGCGUUGCUUGCUUGCCCCUUACCCCCAAGUCUAGUCGCGCUACUGCUACCAUGUCUCGGUAUCGAGAUGAAUACCCACCUCGUCGCCGCAGUCCUCCCGACUCCUACUACAGCGACGAGGAGGAUGACGAGAUCAACAUCAGAUUGCGACAGGGCCACCCUCAGCCUCAGCGAGGCCCGGUAAACUACGUUACGGCCCGGCCCCGCGACGCCGCGCCUCGCCCCUACUGGGAGCCGGGCCCGGAGCGUCUGGUCGUGACGGAACAGACUCUUGUGCGCGCCCGCUCCAAGUCGCGCGAGCGGCCCUCGCCUCCCUCGCCGCGGGGUCACCCUCAGCCUUCGUCCCAACCUCAGCAACAGGCGCAGCCACGCCCUCCUCCCACCGGCAAUAGUCAGAUCGUUAUCAACAACUACAACAACGACAAUGCCAACCUUUCCGGCUCGUCUUCCGACUCUGAGUCGGACCGCUCGACCACCUACUCACGCCGCAGCCACCACAGCCGCCACCAGAGCCAGCACCGCUUCGCCCCCGGGCCACCGCCUAUUCAUGUAGUCCCCGGUCCCCAUCCCGGUCCCCCGGUGCAGCCUCAGAUGAACCCCCGCAUGGAGAUGGAUCUGAUGCUUGCGCGCCGGGAGGCCGAGGAGUUGCGCAGUCGCGAGCGCGAACGCGAGGAGCGCGAGGCCAACCAGAUGGAGCUCGUGCGACGCAGGGAUGAGUGGGACUACCAGCGCACAACCGAGGAGCUCAAGGCGUUGAAGGACGCCCACGAUCGCGAGCGCGAUGAGCGCCGGCGUGAAAAGGAGACUGAGGAGGAGUUUGAGCUCCGCCGCGCCAAGAGGGAGCUCGAUGAGAUCCGCCGGAAGGAGCAGCGCCAGUCCGAGGAAGAGCGCAUCCGUCGCGAGUACGAAAUCCAGCGUCUUGAGCGGGAGAAGAAAUCAGCCGACGACAAGGCGCAGCGUGAAGCCGAGGAGGACCGCAUCCACCGCGAGUACGAGAUCAAGCGCCUCGAGAGGGAGAAGAAGGCGGCCGAGGAGAAGGCGAGGCGUGAAAAGGCCGACCAGGAGGCCAUCGCCCGCUACAAGGCGGAGCUGGCCGAGAAGGAGAAGAGAGAGAGGGAGGCCAAGGAGGCUGCCGACAAGGAGUACCAGCGUCGCCUGCAAGAGGACCUCAUCAACGCCGGAGUUGACGAGAAGCACAUCCAGGCCAUCAUGAAGAAGGAGAAGAUCAAGGAGGAAGAGAAGCCCAAGGAAAAGGAAAGGGACAAGGGCAAGGAACGCGCCACCUACACUCGCAUGGCCCGUCGCCAUCUCUCCAUCGAGACUCUCAACGCUUUCCGCAUCGACUACGAUCUUGACCCACAGGACCCCAACUACCUCCUCAUCAAGCGCUGGGUUCCCGAGGAGGAGCAAGACCAGCUUUGGCGGCAUACCCGCAUCAUCCGUGACAGGCGGGCGGCCGUCACGACGACCAUGCACCACGACGUCCACCACCACGACAGCGUCCACCACCACGAUAGCCUGAAGCAGGAAGUUGUGAUCAAGGUUGACGACCACCGCCACCGCAAGAAGGAUGACUUUAUCUUUGUCAAGAAGAAGCGCGAGCGAUCCCGGUCGCCUAGCCUGCUCAUGUACCUCGCUGGUGCCCAGCCUCGCUAAAAGGAUAUGGAUAUGAGUUGGGACAAAGCGCGGGGGAGGCUUCAACAAAGAAAAAAAGAAGAAACACAAAAAAAAGUAACGAAAACAUGAAGAAAUACCCUUACCUACCCCUUCGGCUUGUACAAGGAGGAUUUCCCCCGUCCCCCCAUCACUUCGAAUUCCCUGCUCAUUUACUGCCCCCUGGAUUUGGUUUUUGUCCGUCCCCCUUUUUCUGUUUAGUCUUCAUUUCUACAGCCACAAGCCCGCAGUCUUUCCUGGAAAGUGUUUACGCUUACGACGACACUGGGUGGAUCGUUGUUUUGUUCUUGGAAGGAAGGUGUGCUCUGUAUGGCUAGGGUCCUUGGGCCACUUGUGUCCCAUGAUUUUGUUCCUUGCGUUUUGAAUAGGUAGUUGGACGAUCAACCCCAUUUUUUAUGAGCCGAGAUCUAUCAAACACAUUAAAAGCACCUGGAUAUGAGCAGCCCAAAAAAAAAAACCCCCGCCAGUCUUGUGCAAGUCCCCAAGUGCUGGC